UCAAUCGCAUGUUUUACUGGAGCGCGCAAUUUCUGAAAAUUGAAGUUUCAUAUUAAAAAAUUAUCUCUAUGUUUAAUUUAUUCUAACGUUUCUUAAAUAAUUAUCUUAAAUAGCGUGCAAUAAUUGUACGAAGAAAUAAUAGCUUUUAUAAGUUUGAAACUAGCGAUAUGAUACAUACAAUCGUUUCUGCAAACAAUGGGGUCAUUUUUGGUAGCAAAAACGACUUAAAAAAGCAAAAUAACAAAUAAUAUUUCGUUUACUUUAUUCUACCAUCAUUAUUAUUCAAACUGAUAUUCAAAUAAAUAAAUUUCAUAUCCUUCUCCCACCUUCACUGCUGACGUUAACUUACAGUCAUGUUGGGUUACUUUCUCGAGACUAUACCAAUUAGUAAAUAAUAUUGUAAUAAUGCCCAAGAAGUAGUACAUAAGUUUUAAUUUUAUUCUUACAAGGAAUAUAAUUAAAAGUAAGUACAUAUAACCAAUACGUCACAAAAUGGCAACUGCUUUAAAUUCUUCGAAGGAUGAAGCACAAAUUAAAACACAAGAUGUUCAAGCAAUGGGCUGCGUUGGACGUACACAAGGCGAUGGUAUGGAAAAUGUGACAGUGGAUAAAGCCGAGGUGAAGCAAACAAAAUGCCGUCUUGGUGAUGCUUUGAUUUAUCACCCAACAAAUCUAAAACAAUUAAGCUCCAUUCCACCGGUUACACCAAAUGGUCCAAUUAUAAAUUUAGUACCAAAACAUAUUUCUAAUGUUAAAGAUGAAAAACAUAUUUUGAAUUCAUUAAAAUCGAAGGAACCAAAAUUUGUUCCUUACGAGCCAUACAAAGCUGCAGUUAAACCAAUCAUUCCACAUGAUAAAAAAAGUAAAAAGUUCCAUAAAAGUAGUUUAAACGUAGCGGUUUCUCAAGUUGCUGCGAUGAAAAUUCAUGAGAUAGAAGUGCCAGCUGCUGAGGUCAUCAAAGGGAUGGAAGAUAAAUCUAUAGAAUGUGAACGGCUAAAUGAGAAGAAAGCAUAUGAAAUAGAAAUAAAAAAGCUUAAGGAAGAAAAUAGUCAACUUGAAAAUCAAUUAAAAUUUCAAGCACAGGUAAAUGGGGAAUUGAAGAACUUAUUAGUGGCAGCUGUAGGUGAAGAUCUUGAGACAAAGGUUCAUUUGCUGACUGAAGAUAAAUUACAACUUGCUAGGGCCCUUUUAAAUUCCUCUCAGCACCUUUCAACUCAUCAAGAACAAACAGAAUGGUUGGCUGGACAAUGCGAAGUUUGGAGAAGUAGAUUCUUAGCCAGUAGCUUAAUGGUGGAGGAACUUGCAAAAUGGAAAGCAGCCCUCUGUCAAAGAACAACAGAUCUUCAAGAAGCAAUAAAGAGACUUUUAGAAGAUCGUAAUCAUAUUCGUGACAUAUCCCUUAAAACAUAUAGGACCCUCAGUAUUCUUCGUGAAAACUUUGAUCCUGUUGGAGCUGCAUCUUCUAAAAGGCACGAGUUACCAAGUACAAAUAUUACUGACUUAGCACAAGGAUGCUGUCAGCUAGCAGAAAUUUUGAAAGUUCAAUUGUUAAGUGGUGUAGAAAAUAUUCACUUACACAAAGAAAUUAAUAUAACAGGAUUAGAUAUGAAAACACUUGCUGAAAAAAUGGCAGAACAAUUGCUCAUGAGUCCGAAUUUGCUCAUGUCGGGAAGGCAAGAUGUUGCUUGUAGUGCAGUGAUGGGUGCUGCUGUAGCACUUGGUGGCCAAAUAUUUCUACCACGAAAUGAUUCAAAUAUAACUUGUUGUCCUCAUUGCAGUGGUGAAAUUAAACAAAUUUAAAAUCUCUAUUUGAGUAUAUUAACACAAUUUAUCCAAAUGGUUACUAAUAUUUCUACAUCCUUUUGAAAUUUAUUUUUAUAUUUAAACUUGUUGAUUUAAUAAUACUAAUAAUAUUGACUGACAAUAACAAAAAAAUUACGCUUAAUAUCCACAUGUAAUCAUUGACAGUUGAUUACUUGUUAAAAUAUAGUUCUAUGAAAAGUUUAGUUGGUAACCGUUAUUUCGAAGUAGUAAUAUAUUUAUGGUUUGGUUUUUAAGGAAGAUGUCUUUGUUGUAAUUUCAAAGUGUGUGUGUUUGAAGUAAUAGAAUUGGAGUGGACAGCCAUUAUAACUUCAGGCAUUUUUUUUCAAGGAAUAGACCAUUAUUAAAAUAUUUAUAUUAUUUAGCAAUAAUAUUACAUGGUCUCCUUAUUCAUUGAUUUACUGAAUUUAACCUGAACCAAAGCAUUUAUAUAUUUAAAAUACUAUUAUAAUAUUAUGAGAAUAGGAUAUAGUACAUACCUAUUUGAGUCUCAAACUGCACGAAAGUACAAUGUUGCAUUAGGUUUCUUUUUCCUCCACUCUUCUUUUUUACGCAGUGUUAUACAUAAUUACGGAAACCAACAGAUAAAUAGCAGUUAUCUAAAUAAAUAAUCAUUAGAUAAAUGCAUAUCUCACACGAAUUAUUCACCUACAGGCAAACAUAAACUGUGAGUUGUUAGUUAAAUAUCUGGAAACCCUAUAUAUUUUUUAAAUUUAGUUUCCACUUUUGAUUACAUAUGUAUUAUGAGAUAAGACUUAAGGCCACUCAAUGUAUUGCCAUCUUACAUUUCAAUAAUUUGAAGACAAGAUCGACAAUUAAAUUUUACUUCUUAUGUAUUGAAUACAUCAAACAUGCUUAAAAAAUUGUAUAUAUAUUUUAUUCUCAGUGUUAUUUCACGUACACAUCAAUCAAGUAUGAAUAUGGACGUGAUUAACACCGACUUCCGCUCAAUUAAUCUGCCAAAGUGUACACUUACGUAAAACGUAAUUUAGAGAUAAAGGAAGGAAAAUAUAAUUCAAAAAUUUUGCAACAAUGAAUCGUAGUGUAUCAUUGUAUUACAUCAAAUUAAAUACAGUAGAGCUCCCUUUAUAUGAACAUGUAAAGGAACAUGACAGAUCUUAUAUCUAGAUAGUUUAUAUACAUACAUAGAUAACUUUGUUUAGCAGAAUGGAGUUCAAAUGAACGAAGUCCUACUGUAUAAAAAUAGGCCCGACAUUCUACUGUACGAAAUUAUAUAAUUGAAUAAAAUAAAAACUACGAGCAACUCUG